UUUUCAUUGUGUUUUUCACUUCCAUUUUCUCUAACUUUCGAUGAUGUUUGAGAAUAUGUAGUGGUAAAGAUGCUGAUUUAAAUUUUUUUUUUUCAUAGCACCGUUGCAAGAAUUCAGUUUCGUCUUCCUGAUGGUUCUUCCUUUACAAAUCAGUUCCCUUCUGAUGCACCUCUAGAAGAGGCAAGGCAGUUUGCUGCACAGACUGUUGGCAACACUUAUGGUAAUUUUUCAUUAGCAACCAUGUUUCCCAGGAGAGAGUUUACCAAAGAAGAUUAUAAAAAGAAAUUAUUGGAUUUGGAACUUGCCCCAAGUGCUUCAGUGGUUCUGUUGCCCGCAGGAAGACCAACUACAUCUAUGGUACAUUCUUCCAGUGGAGACUUUUGGACACUGUUGGGGACAGUACUUUACCCAUUCCUUGCCAUCUGGAGAUUGAUCAGCAACUUCUUAUUUAGUAAUCCUCCUCCUGCACAGACCUCAGUGAGAGCAGCAUCUCCAGAAUCCUCAAAUCUUGCAUCAUCUAGCAAUUCAGAAAACAGGGAACCUGUCAGAAAAAGAGUGCUGGAGAAACGGGGGGAAGACUUUAAAAAGGAGGGGAAGAUCUAUAGAUUGAGGACUCAAGAUGAUGGUGAAGAUGAAAACAACACUUGGAAUGGAAAUUCUACUCAACAGAUGUAGUGUGACAAGUACAUUAUGUGCAAUAAUCAUUGUGUCUCUUAUGAUUUAAUUCAACUAAAAUUCUCCUGGAGAGGUGGGACUAUUUUAUGUUUUCUAACUGAUGUAUAAAGUGUCUCUAUUCCUGCUUAGUGGGUUAAAGUUGUUUAACUCAGACACGUCAAGAGAUAAAAUAACUCACUGCUAGGUCCUCGCAUAUGGUAACCAACUACUAGAAGCCUAAAAGAAUCAAAAGGUCUGCCACAACCUCCGUUUAUCAGCUUUCUUAUUCAGCAUUUCAGAUGCCCUUUAGCCCUGUGCUCUCAGAUGAUACGUUUUGUUCAGAGCUAUUCUGCUCUAGAACUCCUAAGCCCACACAAAGUAACUGUACAGUCACUGAGUAAUUUGACUCUGAGUCAGAGCAUUUUAACUAGCCAAUCAGAUGAUAAUUUAUGUUUCUUUUUUCUUUUUCUGCUCAUCAGCUGCAAGCAAAAUCUUGUAGUUUUUAAUCUUAAACACUGAAUAAAAAAUCUUUUCCAAAAAUCA